CUCAUGCCCCAGAGUCACCAUGGCCGACCGCGGACGGCGAUUCCAGCCCGGGACCUUGGCUCGGAUGCCGGAGCUCCGGAACUGCGGGCCGGGGUACCGACAGAACCAGCCUUUUAAGGCUUUUACAAAGCACAACAGGAUGAAGUUCCCAGGCUGCCUCAACAGCCAGCGCUGGGUAUUUGUGAGAGAGGAGCUGGGUGACUUCAGGAAAGGCUGCCAACUGAGCCAAAGCCUGGUCGCUCAGGGACCCAAGGAAGCCAUUCUGCCUCAGAUUCAUGACAAAGGCCCCAGACCUGGUCCUGAGAAGAGGCAGGACAAGCUGCCAAAGGAAGCAGCCUGGUGGUCCAAGCCCUCAGCAGCCCAGAGAGUUCAGAACGCUUUCCCCAAGGAUGUGGAAGCCCAGCUGGCCCUGCACCCCUUCACUCUCUAUCCUCACCUGGAAGAAGCUCUGCUUCCUGAGCUCUUAUUGAAGGUGCUGAAAGUCCUCGACCCUGAGAGGAAGCUCGAGGACACUUGGGCUUAUUGUCAGGAUGACAGGAAAAUAAUGGAAUCCAUGCAGCUUUUAGAAAAAUCUCCUACCCUAUCAUGCCUGAGACUGAAAAAGAAGAUACCUGUUUCACAUUCAGGCAAAUGGCUUUAUGAAAAAAAGCCCAACGGAAUGGAUUUGCUCCAUAAAGACAGUCCUCCUCUUCAUGAAAAUAUGCGCAAAGGAGUUAGUGACUUCUGCAAGUGGGCUACUGCUAUUGGAAGUUCCUACAUUGAUGAAGAGUUCAUCUGUAAGCAGUUUGACAUCGACUAUCAGAGCAGACAAAGCUGUGGUGUGCUUCAUGUGAUGAGGCUAAACCACGUUCCUCUCGAGCUAAAGAAUGGAGUGAGGCUGAAUAAACUGCAGGAGGCAGAAUUCUUCCAGAAGCUAGACCGUGAGAGGAAACUCCAGAAACCACAGAACCCUCAUAAGCCAAAGUGGGUAAAGAUGAGGUAUGGAGCCUGGUAUCUGAACACCAGCUUGUGGAAAAAACAGAGAGCAGAUGAACCUUUGGUUGACUCCAAGGUCUCAUGCAAAGCUCAAGAAGAGAAUUUCAAAAAGGAGCUUCAAAAAAAGGAGGAGUUACUUGCAAACCUUCAUGGAACAGCUGCCUUUAAGGAUUUCAUUUUAAGCAGGGGUAACAGGAUACCAAGGUUCCUUGAGAAGAUCUAUGCUGAGAAGCGAGGUCAAUCUGAAUACAGGAAGCCCCUUGGGAACCUUGGUCAAGCAUAGGAGAAUCUUGUGAAGACCAUCAGGCAUUUUUAUGGGUGCUGUUCUUGGCUAUGGGUUCUUGUUUUACACAGGAAGUCAAAUCAAGGAGUGUCCCCUGUAGAGGUACAACUUCAACUUGGCUGCUCCCAUAAGUGGAAGACCUAAUAAUACUUAGGAAUGCUGCUCAGUGGCUUUCUGCUUUAGUUAACUGAUAUUUUGUUUUCUGUUUUUGUUUGCUCAUUUUGGCUUUUUGAGUCAGGGUCUUGCUAUAUAUAGCCUAGCCUCUAACUUCUGAUCUUCCUGCCUUACCCCCCAAAGGCUGGGAUUUUAGGAGUGUACACCCCCAUG